AUUACUAAGAGUUGAAUAAGUUGUCGUGUUUACAAUUGCAUUAUUAUUAAGGGAAACCAAACUUAUGAUGAAUCCAUGUGUAUUGAUUUUAUCUUACGGAAAACUUUCUGCAAUGGAAGUGGUUGAAAAUAUAUUAACUGAAAUGAAGCAACCUAAAUUAAUAACACCAAUAACUUACGAAUCUGUAGCUAUAAAUCAUUUUAAAUGUGAUAUUAGAACUAAAUAUUACACUACAAGUAUAUAUUUAUUACCUUUCGAUGGGAAGUUCGAUAGAGUUCCCAAUGAAUUAAAAAACACAAUAGAAGCUUUAAUUGUCUACUUUGAUCCAUUCGACAGAACUUUCAUAAACAGUCUGUCGGCCAUGAACGACUUUUUAAUAUCAAACAAAAUCGAGUUGGGAUUUUUAAUAACGACAGCAUUUUUGGAUAAGCCAAAUCAAUUAACAUAUGAGGAACUGAAAGAAAAUGCGAAUGUGGCUUUUGAUAUUAUAACACUUAAAGAAGAGGGCGGAGAGGAAGAUUCAGAGCCACAAAAAUAUUCAGAAAUCGUAGAAGGCUUAGAAAACUUUGUGUGGUCCAACAUAAAAACAAAACCAUCUUCCUCUUCGAAUCGCAAACAAUCAAACAGUGCCGAACAAUUGGAAAACGAGCUGAAUGAUUUUGAAAAACUGUUAAUUACAGCGCAAAAUUUGCGCAGUGAUACACGUUUAACGCGAGACGAAAUAUUAAACAAAGCGGAGGAAUUAGCAGAGGUUAUGUCAGCAAUUUUAAAUGACAAUGAUAGUGAUUAAUAAUAAUAAAUGCUUUAUUA